AUGGCAUUGGUGUUCUCCGCUGAGGAUCCAUGUCUUGUCAUUUUGUAUUUUCGCCGUGUCUUGUAUCCUUGCCCUCCAUCGGCGGUUGCUGAAAUAUGA